GGCGGCGGGGUCGGCCGCGGGGCGUGCCCUGUCCUUCGGUGGCGCAAGAUGGCGCUGCCCUUUGCGCGCUCGCUGGCCCUGUGCCGUUGGGGAGCCAAACAGCUGGGGGCUGUCGCCGCGGAAGCCCGCAGAGGCAUCAGUUUCAAACUGGAAGAAAAGACGGCCCACAGCAGCCUGGCCCUGUUCAAAGGUGACACGGGUGUCAAGUACGGCCUGGUGGGGCUGGAACCCACCAAGUUGGCCCCGAAUGCGGAGCGCUUCCGGGAGUGGGCAGUGGUGCUGGCGGACACCGCGGUCUCCAGCGGCAGGCACUACUGGGAGGUGACGGUGAGGCGCUCCCAGCAGUUCCGGAUAGGAGUGGCCGACGUGGACAUGUCCCGCGAUGGCUGCAUCGGUGUUGACGAUCGUUCUUGGGUGUUCACCUAUGCCCAGCGCAAGUGGCACACCAUGUUAGUAAACGAGAAAGCCCCGAUUGAGGGCAUCGGGCAGCCAGAGAAGGUGGGGCUGCUGCUGGAGUAUGAGGCCCAGAAGCUGAGCCUCGUGGAUGUGAGCCGGGUCGCUGUAGUCUACACGAUAAAGACAGAUUUCCGGGGUCCUGUGGUGCCUGCCUUUGCCCUUUGGGACGGAGAACUGCUGACCCACUCAGGAAUUGAGGUGCCUGCGGGCCUCUAGCACGCCCACACUGGAGCCCCAGAUCACACUCCUGGCCAGCCAUCUGCCGUGUCUGCAGCCUGUAAGCUUUGUCCGGAGCAAUGUGUUCGCACAGUCCAGCGUCAGGUCCUCUGUGCAGUCAGUCACCUUUCUCUCCUCUGCCCUGUGAAAGCUAGGUGAAGCCACCCCCCCCCUCCACUACCAUGAAUGUACUUUCUCUGACUUGCCUCCUCCAGCCCCGCUGCCCAAGCCUUUCACAGCUUUAUUCAUUCUGGGGUUUGUAGUUUGAAUUCCCUCAUGGCCGUGAUCUCUUUUUGCCAGGUAGCUUCUGGUUGUUCUUGGGGCUCUACUGAAUUUCUCCAGAGUAAACCCUUUCUACCUCUGGCUGGAGGAGGGUGGGGCAGUCUGUGAGCUGGCCCUUUCUCCGGAGCAGUCUGGGUUCUGGCUCCCUCGGGAAGCACUUUACUGUCAGUAAGGACAGAGCUCUCCUCCCCAGUGCCUCGGCGCCACACUCGCUGCCCCACGCAGCUGCAGCUGUCUCACCCCAGCCCGUCUGCCUUAAUCUGCACACCGUCUGACACCUGGUCAGUCCGUUAUCGCCAUGGGCCAGCAAUGGUCAUGACCAAAGGGGACGAGACACUGGGGUGUUGUGCUGAAAACUUUAUUCUUGGGAAGUCCCAUACUCGUUUCUGCUACAGUUGGAACUUCCAGGAGGAAGGAGGCCUGAGUUCUUGUACAAUCCAGUUUUGGACCUGCUCAGACCCACACCCUCAGCCCCUUAGCAGCAGAACAAACUGAUCCUAGCGCAGUAUUUGGGGUUGAGAAAACCUGGUGGAAUCAGUGAUUAGAUGUGUGAAUUGUGAGUGAAAUCUAUAUUGCUUGAGCUCUGACCCUGUGGUUCCAUCUUAGUCUCUGAUGAUGGAGACACAGUCGGAUGCACCUCGGGGAGAACGAGGACUGGGCUUAGCAAAAAUAAUAAUCUGUGUAAUUAAAGUUUAUUUGAGCACAAAA